AUGCUAAAGCGAAAACACAGCACCGAUGGUCCGUCUAAUAUGGCCGACGAACAUCAAGCUACCCGCGCAGGCCCAGUAACGCUCGUGAUCGAUCCUGAAGGUGAUCUGUACAUGCAGUUCGAUAGUGGAAGUCUUCUGGUUUCCCGCAAAGCUCUCUCGCUCAGCUCCCCGGUCUUUCUUGCCAUGCUCGGGGCGAAUUCGAAGUUCAGAGAGGGAACAGACAUGACUCUCGCUCAUAAUGGUGUUCAAAUUGUCUCAUUCGAAGAUGACAACUUCGAAGCCAUGACUACAUUAGCCAGAAUAAUCCACCUUCAAAGCGACAAUGUCCCAGCCACAAUGACAUUCAAGCAGCUCUAUCAGGUGGCAGUAAUGUGUGAUAAGUACGAUCUGAAGAGAUGUCUGUGGCCUUGGACAGAGAUUUGGGCGACCCCGUACCUCGACUGCUAUGCGAGGCAAGGAUACGAAGAAUGGCUCUUCAUGUCCAUAGUCUUCCAGUACGAUGAUCUCUUCAACGAGGUCACGCGACAUCUUGUCAUCAACUCAGAAAUGUCUGAGCAAGGCACGCUCGUCACCACGACUGGUUUCGACAUAGGCGAAGGCGUAUCUUCGACCAUCUUAGAGCGAAUCACCAAGUCUAGAGCAGAAACGAUGUUCGUGGUCCUGGACCUUUACUGGCAGGAAUUCUGCAAGUUGCGAGCCAGUAAUACGGCACGCGUCUGCAAGGUCGGUGGUUUAAAUGUGGCAAAAUGCGAUGCUCUCAACCUUGGAAGCCUAUAUCAGCAAUUUCCAGAACUUCAAGAUCCUCGACAAACCUCCGGCGCCUGCCGUAAGACUGUCAAAAGCAUGAUUGAGGCUCCCGCAGGCAUUUUGGAAUUCAGCGGGGCGCUGAUCUUCAAAUUCGGCGACCAUAGGCCUUGCGCUGUGGGUUCACGUCUCGCAGCUAAGGCGAGGAAGUUGCUUGACGCUGUGCAAGGGCUGGACUUGAAUGACAUUGUCUGCUAG